AUGGGAGGAAUGUUUUCUAAGGUCUGGCAAAGACUUAUCGGAAAGAAAGAAAUGAGAAUCCUUAUGGUCGGUCUCGAUGCCGCUGGUAAGACCACCAUUCUCUACAAACUCAAGCUCGGAGAGGUUGUUACUACUAUCCCAACUAUCGGGUUCAACGUCGAGACUGUCGACUACAAGAACAUUUCAUUCACCGUGUGGGACGUAGGCGGUCAAGACAAGAUCAGACUCCUCUGGAGACACUAUUACCAGAACACUCAAGGACUUAUCUUCGUCGUAGACUCUAACGACAGAGACAGAGUAGAUGAUGCUAGAGAAGAACUCCACAAGAUGAUUGCUGAGGAGGAACUCAAGGAAGCAGUUCUCUUGGUCUUCGCCAACAAGCAAGAUCUUCCAGGCGCUAUGACUUGCCCAGAAAUCACUGACAAGCUUGGUCUACACACCAUCAGAGGAAGAACAUGGUACAUUCAAUCAACUUGCGCCGUUACUGGAGACGGUCUCUAUGAAGGACUCGACUGGCUAUCCAAGCACGUAACCUCAAAAUGA